AUGGAUAUAGGGCCAGAGCUUGGUGAGGCACCUGGAGGCAUGUGCAUGACAUGGGGGUCAUCCUGGACAUCCACUAGGUGUUCCAGUACCUCUUCGAGCAGGUGGUCAUUUGCUUUCCAAGAAAGUAUCCCAACCCCAAGGAUUAAAAAUGCCAUCUCUGUAAAAAUUAUGACAGAAAAAGAUGAGUUAACAGGACUCAUCUAUGGAAAGAUGAUUACUAUCUGUCAGAAUUUUGUUCCAGAAAUUUUAAGAAAGGUGAAUUUAAACGUCCCUGAUAUUCAACUAGAAGGGGAACUGUGUCUCAGUCCUUGGCAAAGGAACAUGGCUAUACAGAGUCACUGCCUCACAAGUACACAGUAUACAUAUGAAGAGUCUGUCUUCUGGGAAAGUGUGGGAAAUCCAAAUUGGACAGACUUCCUCCAGAGAGGCAGAAUUUCAAUCACAGGGGCAUGGUUUCUCAACUGUAUUUUGGAAACUUUUGAGAGUACAUUCUUAUGCCAGGGAGCCCAGGAGGGAAUUAGAAUAGUGGAGAUACUGUUAACCAGAGUGGUGUCCCCUUAG